UCGAAGCUAUUACCGCAUUCAGUUUUUUUUUCAGUUUUCAAGAAAGUAAAAAAAAAAGAUAAUGGCGCAAGUUCCUGACAAUGAUGAUAACAGUGAAGAGACGCAUCCCAGGUUCCAGACGGCGUUGUACGUAGGGGAUCUUGACGAGACCAUCGACGAGACCCAGCUCUUUAAUAUCUUUAAUGAUGUUGCCAAAGUCCAUUCCGUUCGAAUUUGCCGCGACUAUGCAACUAGGAAGUCCCUUGGUUACGCCUACGUGAAUCACACUACCCGUUCUAAUGCCGAUCAAGCAAUAAAAGAGCUAAAUUUCAUGCCGGUGAAUGGCAAAACCAUUAGGGUAACGUAUGCUAAUCGGGACUCCAGUGUUCGUAAGAGUGGUAAAGCUAACCUUUAUAUAAAGAAUUUGGCUCCAUCAGUCCAUCACAGGGCUCUAUUCAAUCACUUUACGUCUUAUGGGAACAUUCUAUCUUGCACGGUUGCAACGGAUGAUUCUGGCCAGUCUAAAGGUAUUGGUUUUGUUCAGUUUGAGAGCGAAGCAUCUGCAAAAGAAGCGAUUGAAAAGUUAAACGGCUCGCUGCUCAACGGAAAAAAGAUCUAUGUGUGUCCUUUCGUGUCAAAGCAGGACCUAGUGCAUGAAUCUAGUGACACAAAUUUUACAAAUGUUUAUGUUAAAAACCUGUCAAACACAAUAACGGAUGCUGAGUUGCAGAAUAUUUUCGGAGGAUAUGGUGAUAUUACUAGUGCUGUAGUGAUGAAAUAUGCAAAUGGUAGAUCAAAAGGUUUUGGAUUUGUGAAUUUUGCAAAUGCAGACGAUGCGGCUAGAGCUCGGGACGGUCUUGAUGGACAGACUUUUGAUGGUAAGACUUGGUGUGUUAGAAGAGCCCAGACAAAAACUGAAAGGGAGCGUGGACUGACAGAGCUAUAUGACCAGAAUAGGGGGAUUUUCUCUCCUAGGCAAGGUAGAAACUUGUAUAUAAAGAACUUGGACGAUAGUAUUGAUGAUAACAUACUUAAGGAAGUUUUCUCCGAGUUUGGUGUAAUAACCUCAGCCAAGGUUAUGAAAUAUGCAAAUGGAGUAAGUAAAGGAUCUGGAUUUGUUGCAUACUCAAAUGGGGAGGCAGCAAAUCUGGCUAUUGAGUCGAUGAAUGGUCGACUAGUUGCUGGCAAACCUCUGUAUGUUGCCCUUGCACAGAAAAGGGAAGAGAGAAGAGCAAUGUUAGAGGCAUACUUUUCACAAAAUACCCAAACACAUCCAACUUUAAUAUCACAAGAAGAACUUGAUUACCACCUGCAGAAUCUUCCUCACUUAGAGAUGGCAACUGGUCCUCCAUUUCCAUUUCCAAUCUUAAUGCCUCAGCGCGGACUCCCGCUGCCACUAGGACACCGACCACCAGGUCUUGGGCAACCGCUUGUGUGGCACCAGCAGAUGAUUCCAAGGGGAAAUUUUUAUCAAGGUCCUCGUCACCCCAACGUGCAAAAUAGAGCAAUGGUCCCCUUUAACCUUGGUCAGCCAGCGCCACCUCGGACCUUGGCAUCAGUCGUUGCCAGUGUUCCUCCUGCAGAACAGAGGAUUGUGCUUGGUGAAACUUUAUUCCCGUUAGUAGAAAGGCUGGUGUAUAAUGCAGCACCAAAGGUUACUGGUAUGCUUUUAGAGCUGGACCAGGCUGAGGUUAUACAUAUGAUUGAGUCAGCAGAUGCUUUGGAGGAAAAAGUUGCGGCGGCCAUGGUUGUAUUGAGACGAGAGGAAGAAGAGCGAUAUAUCAGGCAAGCCGAGCAACUCGCUUCUCUCUCUUUCAACGAACGCUCUUAG